AAACAAGUCACAGAAGAAAUAUGGCGGCCUGCAUGAGGCUGCCCUUGCAGCUUCCUAAAAUCUUACCACCAUUCAGAAAUCACAAGCUCAUCCACACUGAAGUUGCGGCCAAAGAACCCGCGUACCCGCCUAUAGUCGCCUCUCUUACGGCUAAAAGCAAAUCGGCCCGGCUGCGACAGAUCCAGGAGCAUGUUGAAAAGAUCCGCGCAUCUCCCGUUGACGAGAAGAUGUCCCUCCUCACCCGAGUCCCGCGGAUGAAAUUUGUCGUCUAUCCUCAGACCUUCGCUCGCAAUGCGGACAGGUGGUACAAGCACUUUACCAAGACCGCGUACAUCCCGGGCCUGCCCGAGCGGUUCACCCCGGCGGCUCGGCAGAGCACUCCGACUUCACCCGAAGGUCCCGCAGCGGUCCUGGGGAUCGACGAUGCUACGUUCACGGACAUCCGCGCUCUGGUCGCCCGAGUGAUUUUACACGAUCACCACAUGGUGAAGAAACGUAAGCCUUUCGCGUACAGACAUCAGGAGAUGCUGGUCGGGCCUUUUCUGAAGAACCUGGUGGCUGAACUCGCCUACUAUUUGUUUAAACACAACCCGCUGCUCCAACUCUCCAGCUUGGAUACCAGUCCACAGGUGAGCUUCUAUUGGAGGAGAGGUAAGAGAAUAAUCCCAAGGGGACACCGCAGUGGCAGGCCAGAACCACUCAGGUUCCAGAUUGACGACCACCCACUCAGCCAGAUUAGGAUAACUCAGCAGCUGCCACAGUUUACCCCAAUGGAGGCUUCAUACACAGCGGAAGUCACAGAGGUCCCAUAUGCUCCAAACCUGAUGCCUCUGUUCAGAAGACAGUACGCCAAUCAUAUCUUCACAGGUGCAAAGCUACCAGACCCAGCAUGCUACGGUCACACUCAGUUCCAUUUAGUCCCGGACCGGUACCACAGAGACCGCAUGGCCCGGCAGGGCCAGUCUGACCAGGUGGAGGUCUUCCUCAGAGCCAACGCAAUGGCCAGUCUCUUUGCUUGGACCGGAGCUCAGGCCAUGUACCAGGGUUUCUGGGACUUCGAGGACGUCACGAGGCCCUUCGUGUCGCAGGCCGUGAUGUCAGACGGCCGCUUCUUCUCCUUCUUCUGCUACCAGCUCAACACCGUGGCCCUGUCAGUGGAAAACGAUGCCAACAACCCCAGAAAGAACCUUUUGUGGGGCACCGAGAGCCUGCGACUGUACAAGGGCGUGCAGGACGGAGAGGUGGUGGGUCUGAACGAUGACGUCAUCAAGCUCCUGGUUCAGUUUCUCAUGAACCAACCGUAACGCUGAGCUGGAGACAAAUGUCCAAGAAGUUUGUUUUUAAAGGUCAGCGUUGGACAAGAGGACGUUUUGUCAGACUAUAAUGGAGGAUUAACUGUCCCUAAAAGUGUGGACUGAUUGUAAUCAAACCAAGACCUCUUGAGUCUACAUUCAUGUUCAGGUCAGCGCUCCUCAACACUCAUGUCUCAAUCAUUUUUGCAUAAUUCUCCCAUUCUGAUCCAUUAGAGCAGGCUUGUUAAAAGCAGCUUUUAAAGCUCAUUGUUGCUUUAAAAGGGCAGAUCUCCCAAGAGUUUAUGGUAAAUUUCAUAUUCCAGCUACAUUUGGGGGUUGACUCGUCCGUACAUAUUUAUCUGCUGUUUGUAUUUUUUUACAUUAACUAUAAUCAGAUGUUUUUUUUUCAGUAUCUGUCCCUGAAGAACAAUCUUUUGUUUUAAACAUAAGGCACAGGCUUGUGCCUGACAGAGCUGAGAGCAAACAAACAUUUCCCCCUAAAGUAGUUGUUCAAGACAAGAAU